AUGGAUUCUUCAUCCUCAGUACUAUCCAUCACGAGAGAAGAGUUCAAUGCUUUCCACAAGUUUGACAGAGAUCUUUUCACUCGUAUUGUCAUAAGUCUAAGACUUAACAUUACUCUCUCUUUUCAAGUCAUGUGCUUUCUCAUCUAUCUCGAGAAAAGUGUUCCCAUGAGCAACCUAAUCUUUAAUCUCGUUUCAUUACCGGACCUUUUCAUCAACACCAUCGUUGACGAAGUCGUCAUGUGUCUGGAUUGCUUAUCCUACGAUUAUUUCCCAACGUUCGUGAACACCUUGAGGAACACCAACUCCUUAUCCAUACCUUGGAUCAGGCGUAUGACCAGACACAACUUUACUCUCGGAGUCAUCCACCAGAACCGCAAAGACAUUCUCCUUGACAUGAAGAAGCAUUUAACCAGUAUAUGUAAACCAGCUUUUGAGGAUAUAUGCGUGCGCUUUGAGAUGUACAACAAGGAGAAGAUGUAUACGUCUAGCAACUUCUUGUGUAGUCAACAAGCAACAACUAAUCAUGCAGCAGGAACAAGCAAUGUUGAGGGAGGACAACAAGUAACGGCUGAGGACAGGACUGUCUUCCUCACAUUCUCUAAAGGAUACCCAAUCUCUGAAGAAGAAGUGUAUGCCUAUUUCACCAGGAGAUUUGGAGAUAUUGUAGAAGCGAUACACAUGGGUGGAGUAGGAGGGAGGAACCAAGCGCUGCAUGCAAGGAUGGUGUUACGUUCAGCCGCCAAGAUUCCAGAGAUUUUAAACGAUGAGGAGUGCAGGAUCAAGUUCACCAUUAAUGGAAAACAUGUUAAGGCUCGAAAAUUCAUUCCUAAUCACAAAUCCGUUUAUAAUCUUCCUUAA